AUGCUCAUUAUAUCGUGCAUAUUUCGAACAGUUGAUCGUUCACAAUAUGAAUUUCCAUUGACAAAAGCAAAUAUCGAUGAUAUUGUUGCUUUAUCUAAACCCAAAGAUAUUGAUAUCAUUAACAUCAGAUCCAAAGAAGAAUUUUUUGAUCGAUUCAUAAAACAAAUAAAUGAAUGGCUUAAUUGGUUUGAUCGAUUUGUUGAUAUUUUUCAACAUAUUAUCGAUUGGUUAAAAACUCAUAAUGUUAAUCGUUCGAAUCAAGUAUUAAUAGAUUUAAUAAGAGCUCGUGAUGAUCAUAAAAUAACUUUGAUUCAAGUGAGAAUAACUGUUGAUGAUACUUUGAAACUCUUACAACCUUUUAAAGAUAUUCGACGUCUUUGUCAACUAUUCAAUUGUUUAAUUCCAUUUCAAAUUCUUAAUCCUGGAAAGUUAGAUACUCAAGGUACUACGACAAAAUUUCUUACAGAAUUAAAACGUUUUCAAGCAAACAAUACAUUUACAGUAGAAGGUAAAAGACUUUGUGAACAGAAUAUUUUUAUAAACGAUCGUCAACAAGUUCAAUGGUCACUAGCUAGUGAAAAUCAACCAUGUGACAUUACUGUUGAAUAUCGAAGUUACGGAGCGAAUGAUCAAUAUAAAAAAUUAUUUCAGAAAGAAAAUGUUUCUAUUCAUAAACAUGUACUUCAUGGUCAAUUUGAAAGUCAACGUAAUGGUCAAUUACUAAUUACCAUUGAUAAUAGAAAUAGUCAAAUUCCUCGAAUUAUUUGGUAUCAAAUCAAAUCUAUUGGUUUAUCAACAUGUCACUUGUUUCAUGGUAUAUUCGAUAUAUAUUUUAAUAAAUGUUAUGAACAAAGUUCUGAAAUCGUUCUUGAAGAGGAUUUUAGUCAAUUACUCGACCGAGUAUUUGAUUUUAUAAAUAAACUUUUAAAUGGUGAUAUAAGUUUGAGAGCAAUGACAGAAUUACGAGCUAUUUUCUGUGAUAAAAAUAUAAAUAUUCGAGAUGAAGUGAAAAAAUUAUAUAUGAAUCGUUCAAAUGAACAUAAUAAUAAUCGAGCAAACAUGCUAAUUACUGCUGUACAAUUUCAAAAGAUUCAACCAAAUGAAAAAGAAAUUGAACAAGUUUGUGAAUGGUUACAAAUUUAUCAAUAUUAUAGUCAUAUUAAUGUUAUUAUGAAAUGUAUUGAAAAAUUCGAUCUUUUACCAUCAGAUAAUGAAGACAUGAAAAUUGGUCAUUUAAAACACUUGAGUGGUAAUGAAAAUUGUUCAUUAAGAGAAAUAACUCAAGCUUAUAGAAUUUUACAAGAAUGUUUUAAAACUUUAACUCAUCAACAUUUACAAUUAAUUAAAAUAGCAGUUGAAUGUUCAAAUGUUAUUCAUAUGAUGAAAAAAGCUGAUCUUUAUUCUCAGCAUGGACGACGUCGUUUUCAAGAAUUACGAGAUAAUUUAACGACACAAUUUCAAUUACAAGAAUUAAAUAAUAUGAUACUAAAUUCAUGGAUCAUAACAUAUACAUUAAUUGAACCAUUUAUGUUUAAAGCAAAAAAUUUCGAUGAUUUCGUUCUUCGUAUUGCACAAUUAACGAAUAUAGAAGGAAGUUCACUGAAUCAUAUCAAAAUAAUUAAUGAUAAUAUGCAACUUGUAACACUGUGGUUAUCAGCAGAAGAGACGACAGUAUUAGAUAAUGCUUUGAUUACUAUGGAACAUUUAUUUAAAAAUGGAACUGUUGAUAUUCGUUUACGACGUUUAACAAGACAGCAAUCGUAUUAUGAAAUUGGUUAUUCAAUUGAUCGUAUUCAAGUUGGAAUGAAAAAAGUAAGAGAUGAAAAUGAUGCGAACCAACAAAGUAAGGAGAACGAUGGAAUUGAAACGAAAAAAAUUCAAUUUCAAUUAUCAAUGUCGGAUAUUGAUGAUCAUAAACGUCAACUAACAUUUUGUAAUGUUGAUGUUCAACAAAAUUUAAUCUACAAAAAAGCUUUAAUUAAUGGACAAUUGAAAUUAUUAAAAACGGUUGAGAAUAUCUAUCAUAUGUUUAUUAAAUUAGAAUUAGGUGGCCAUCCGGAUUAUCAAUUACGAGAUGAACAUUAUGAAAUACAUCUUCAAGAAAUUCAAGUUGCGUCUAUGUUAAGUGAUUUACGAAGCCAUCAAAAUGCUCGACUAGAAAAUGCUAUUCAGACUCAAAUUCAAAGUUUAGAAUUGAUAUACCAUACUUUGAAAACUGCGUAUGAUAAAUGGAUACAAAAUUUGAAGAAAUACCGUCAAGAAUGUUCAUUAUUGAAAUUAUUUUCUAAUCGUGAAAUUAUGAUUUUAAUUAUUUUACUUCGAACAUCAAAUGCCCCGAAUUCUAUUCGAAGGCGUCUUUUUAAAAAAUUAUUUGAAUUUGAAGAUUUAAAGAACCAAAAUGAAGAAGAACAAAAAUUAACUAUGCAUUGUCUUGCACAUUAUCUUCGUUCUCUAAGAAUUUCGCACGUCAAUUUAACGACCGAUAAUCUUCGUCAACUCUAUCAAAAACAUCUUAUUGAUGCCGGAUCAAAUACUGAUGUAUGCUUACAAAAAUUAGCACAAUUUCUUCAAAAUCUAUUCGAAGAUAAUAGAGAAAUAUUUGAACAAGGACAAAUACAUGAUGAAAAUCUACAAUUUUUAGUCAGUAUUAAUCCUCCUGCACCGACUCCAAAUCGAAUAUCUUUUUCACAUGAUUUCGAUCUCGAUACUUGUUGUAUUCUUUUGAAUAUCUUUCAAACUCAAUUACCAGCUUCCUAUCAAAUUCUUUGGUGUUCAAAUACCACAGAAGAAGAUAUUCAUUUAUUUUUUUCUCGUAUACGAACAUUUACCUCUCUUACUUUUGCUAUUAUGGAUAUUGAUAAAAUGCAUCAUCGUCUUCGAGAAAUACUUUUUAAUGAACAAGACUUAUUGACUCGUGAAAACAAUAUGCAUGCUCAGGUAUUUUAUUUUUCACGCGAAUUAACAACUGGACGAAAAGGUCUAAGAGAAUUUCAAAUACCAAUUAUAUAUAAAGAUCCUGAUCAAAGUUAUCAACAUCUAAUAAAUCUCUUUAACAAACAUUAUACAAUACCAGCAAACAUUCAAAUAAUCUACGGUAAAGUUGGUAUUGGUAAAACUCAUCGUUUCAACAAAGAAUAUAAGACUGAUCGUACGUCAUGUUUUAGUAUAAAUGACAAAUUAAAUUUUUCGUUAUUAAUCAGUUCAUUUCUUUCAUUUAAUUCGAAUAUGAUUAACGAUGAUCUAUCGAUCUUUCUCAAUACAUCCAUUCAUGCACCAUUUGAAACUUUAAAUCGAACAUUAUUUUCCCUUUUCAUUUGUGGUUGUUUAAAUGAUUCAACCAGUGGUCUAAUAUUUUCUUUGCCACAUACUCAAACAUGGAAAUUUAUUAUUGAAGUUCCUUAUUCGGAUGUUACUGAUGUCAGUGUUCGAGACAAUUUCAAUCAAAUUUUACCAAUUCUUUCCAUUAUUUCUUCAUCAACGUUAGAAGAAGUUACUUAUGAAAAUUAUCAAUUAUCUAUCAAUAAAGAAGAAGAACUUGUAGCUCGAUUCUUAAAAGCAUUUGAAGAUCAAACAAUUGAUCGUAUUGUAGAAAGGACAAACACUGGUCAUGAAAUACCCGUUAGUUUUGAACCAAUAACUAAUGCUGAUGAAUGUCGAAGAUAUAUUUAUAACUCUAUAGAAAAAUAUGCUCGAGAAUUACCCAAAAAUAAAAUUUAUGAACUUUCAUUUGUGAAAUUUUUAUAUCGUCGUGUACGUUUCUUUGAAGGACAUUAUUAUUGUUGGAAUCAACGUAUUAAAAAUUUAGGUAGUAUUGUUAUGCAACAAAUGAUUAACGAAGCAAAAUCUUUAACACAAAUCAAUUUUCAAGAUAUACAAUAUCCGCGUGUUUACCUUGUUUAUGAUCCAGAAUUUGCUUUACAUUUAUUACAUUCUGAUUGGAAUCAUGUUUCAAAUGAAUUAAAAAGUCUUUUUCAUCAUCGUGAUCCAUUAAAAUCCAUUGAAUAUCAAAAUAAAGAUUAUUUUGCGGAAUGUUUAGCAUGGUUAAUUGAUAUUAAAUAUGAAACAUUUAUGAAAAUUCUUAAUGAAACAAAAUUUAUUCUAACAGAAAAUUUUGCUUAUAAACUGUUUCAUGUACAUGAAAGAAAAUUAACAAAAUUAGCUUUAAUUAUUGAAGGGGAUACUGGUGUAGGAAAAACAUUUCUUUUGAAAUUCUAUUCAUUAUUAUUAAAUUCGAAGUCUACGGGUGGUUCUCUUCAAGGAAAUAUUAUUUCAAAAAUUCUAGAAAAUUCUAAUCAAUUCUUACUAAGUAUUAUUGAAACGAUAAUAGAACCACAACCAAAAAUUUUGAAUGUAUUUCUUCAACGAAUCAAAUCAAAAAUUGUAGGAAAUGAUGAUGAAGAUGAAGCUGAAAUUCUCAAUCAGCGACCAAUGCAAUUACCAGUUCUAACUGUUACAGCACAACAACAACAAAAUAAUGAACCGAUAGAUGAUGCUCUAUUAAAACAAAUAAAACAGCUUUUAAAAAAUCAUCAAUUAAAGAAAACUAUUUUAUAUCAUAUUUGGAGAACGCUUUUAAGCGUUUCAACUGAAAACGCUACGGUUUUACAAGCAACUUUGAUUAAAAGUUUACAUGAUUAUGUUACUAAUGAAUUAAUCAAUUAUCCACUAAUUGAAAGUAGUUGUCGACUUCAAGAGUUACUUCAAGACAUUUCUUCUUCUGAUGCUGAAACAACCAUUGAAAUAUUCAAAGAAUAUUUAUUUAAUAGUAAAAUAAAACCUUUAUUCUAUCGUCUUCUUUUACAUCCUGGUGUUACUGAAGAACAAUUAGUUGAAUUCAUGUCUCCAAUUUCUCAAUUGGCUCGUGAAUUACCAGAAAUAGAGAUCGUCGUUUUUUUUGAUGAAGUCAAUACAGCUUCAUGUCUUGGUCUAUUCAAAGAGAUGUUUAUGGAUGGGACAUUACGUGGUACAAGUAUUCCGAGCAAUAUCUUCUUUACUGCUGCUAUUAAUCCAUUUAUGAAAAUUGAAGAAAAGACAGAACAAGUUUAUCGUACUGAUUAUAUUGUUCAUGAAUUGCCACAAUCAUUAAAAUGUUUAAAAGUUUCCUAUGGAACCUUAGAGUCUAAAACAUUAGCUGAUUAUAUUACUCGAAAAAUAGCCAUGUUUCAAGUUAAUUCAUCAGUAAAGAGUGGUACAACGAUGCCAUUAGAAAUUUAUCUUCGAGAUACAUUAGCUGAUUCAAUUUUGAAAGCACAAGAGUUUUGUGAAAUAAAUCUUGGACAUAAUUCUGUUUCACAACGAGAAAUUCAACGAUGUUUUAAUUUAAUCAAUUUCUUUUGGACUCUGCGAUAUGAUGAUGAACUUAAGUUUGGUCAAAAAACUGAUUUUUCCAAUCCUAUGCGAUGUAUCGCUUUAUCAAUCGCUUUAACCUAUUAUUUUCGACUUCCAACAAAAGAAGAUAAUUUACAACGUAAUGAUAAAAAAUCACCAUCACGAGAACAAUUAGCUGAACUUCUUAGUCACCCUAUACCAAAUUUUGAUUAUAUCGUUCAAAAUGAACUCGAACGAUUUGUGAAUACUGAUAAUUUUAUUAUUCCACGAGGAGUAGCAAUUAAUAAAGCUGUUCGUGAACAUAUUUUUUCUAUUGUUGUCAGUAUUGUCACACGAACAGCUUUAUGUAUCAUUGGUGUUCCUGGCCAGUCUAAAACAUUGUCUUUUCAAAUUGUUCUUCAAAAUCUUCAAGGUGCACAAUUAUCAGCAACACCAUUCUGUAAACGUCUUCCUGCUAUUAAUCCAUUUUUUUGUCUUGGAUCGAAAUAUAGUCGUUCCGAAGAUAUUGCUUCUAUUUUUGAACGUGCUAUCAAACGUGAACAACAAUAUGAACAAAAUCGCAUGAAUACACGAUGUGUUGUUUUCUUGGAUGAAGCCUCAUUACCGGAUGAAAAGAAAAUGGUCUUAAAAGUUUUACACCCUUAUUUAGACGAAUGUAAAGUAGCAUUUGUUGCAGUUGCUAAUAAAGCAUUCGAUGCUGCUAAUGCCAAUCGAAUGAUUUGCAUUUAUCGUUCGUUACCAUCCGAAGAAGAUCAGAAAAUCUUAGCUUAUGGUUGUUUGGGUUUGCAAUUAGAACAAAGACAAUUAUCUCUGAAUGAUCGUCUUGAUAAGAUUAUUUGUGGUUUAUGUCAAGGCUAUCGACGAAUUCUUCGUUCACCAGAUAUACCUCAUAUAUUUCAUGAUCGUGAUUUUAUUUAUAUGUUAAGAGAAUUAAGAUUUGAAUUGAUGAAUUUAAAUGAAGUUGAACAAACCAAUAUCGGAGAAAUAACACAACGAAGUUUAUUACGAGCGUUAGAAGAUAAUUUUAAUGGAGUUCGGAUCGAAGAAUUUGAUAAAUUAGUCAAUAUUUUUGCUACAGCUGUUGGAGAGCAAUGUCCUGAGUUUCGAUCACUAAUUACUGAAAAACAACAAUUUCAACGCAAUGUUCCAACAAUUUUACGUAAUUCGAUGAAAUUAGAUCCAAUUCGUCGUCGUCUUUAUGGUAGAUAUAAAUUAAUUAUUGAUGAAUCCGAAGAUGAAAGUGCUGUUCGUCUUCUGUUUCAAUGUGGUAUUCUCAGUUCUGAUCCAACUCAGACAACAGUUUUUCGUAUGUCUGAUUUCCCCGAUGAUAUCGAUAAUGAAUUACGAAAUGUUGAAAUCUUAUCAAAUAUUAAAUUGUGCAUGGAAACAGGCAAAACUAUCUUAAUGAUUAAUACAGGUCGUAUCCAUGAUUCACUCUAUGAUGUUUUCAAUCAGAAUUUUUCAAUUAUGGCUACUGAAGAAAGUAGAAAAAUCUUUUCCAAAGUAGCAAUUGGUCCGAAAACAAUCGAUGUCAUCGUACAUGAAGAUUUUCAAUGCAUUGUUCAUAUAAAACGAAGUGAAUUCAAAGAUAUUCCAGCACCAUUUUUAAGUCGUUUUCAAAAAUUUUCUUUUAGUAUAUCAGAUUUUUAUUCAAUUCAAUUACGAGAAAUUCCUAUUGAAGAACAAGAACUCUUGCGAAAUGUAGAAAAAAAAGCUAAAUCAUUUAUUGAUCACUUUGGAAAAGAAUAUUUCUAUGGAUUAAAUAAUGAAACAUUAUAUUCAUGUCUUUCAUCAUUUAUUAAAAGAAAUGUUCAAGGUGAACUUUAUUUAUCAAAUAUUUAUGAAGAUUAUAAUCAAUUAACAAUUCAAUCGAAACCAUUCAUCGAACAAGAUAUAAAUGAUAAAAAAACAUGUUUUCUGUUUUAUAUUAUAUCGAAACUUUUACAAUUAGCUUCACCUGAAUCAAUGAUUUUUAAAUUACCAACAUUUGAUGAAAGUACUGCUCGAUCAUUAUGUCAACAUUAUUUUUAUCAACAAGAACAUUUCAAUCUUGAAAAUUUUCUUUAUCAAAUGAUUUCUACUUCAACAUUAGCUACUAAUGAUAAUGAAUUAUUAACAAUGAACAAUAAUUUCGAAAAAAACCUCAGUAAUAUUAGUAUUACAAGAAAAUUAAUGAUAUUUACUCGAACAUCAUCAUCUGUUAUUAGUUUAAAUCAACAAUCAAAAAAUGAUUUAUUCCGUACAAAUGAUGAAAAUGAUACAAUGACGUAUAUUGGCAGUAAAGUCGAUAUUAUUAAUCUAGCGAUUAUUGAAAACUCCAAUGAAUUAAUUGAACAAUUUCAAACAUUUGAACUAUCAAAUCAAAAAUCAAUUCUAAUUACUGUUAUUGAUGGUCGUAUGAAUCAACAACGUAUACAUAUUCCAUUUGUUCGACAAUUAAUAGAUAAAACCGAUCUUUCUUGUAAUAAAUCAUCUGAAAAUCCAUCAAAAUUUUUUAUUAUUCUAAUUCAUUCAUCUGGGCAAGAACUUAAUUAUAAAGCAUGUUUUUCUUCGAUAUUCUUACAUAAUUGGGAUUAUUGGUUUCUUGAUACUUCAACAACAAGUAAUGCAUUUCAUUUACAAAAAAUGUUACAAAUCUUUACUUCAAAAAUCGGAAUAACUCAUCAAAAAGAAGCUUUAGAUAAUUCUUUUUAUGAUUUAAAUAUGCUUUUUGAUGAUUGUCUAUAUGAUUUUUGUUCUCGUUUACAAAUUAAUGUUCUUAAAUUAUCCGAAGAUAUGUUUAAUAAUCAAAACGUGUAUGAAUUCUAUCAACGUCAAACAUCAACUUGUCGACGUUUACAAUGUUUAAAAAGUAUUUUUCAAGAACUCAAUGAAUUACAGAAACAUAUCAUAACAAGUUAUCAUGAAAAGGUUUCAAUGAAAGAAGAUUCAUUACGAAAAAAUUGUAAUUCAAUUUAUAAUCUUGCAAAAGAUACUUUAUUUGGAAAAUGUUUAACUGGUCUAGUAGAUUCUUUAUAUUCACAUAUAAGAAUAUCUUUUACAAAUUUUGUUUCAUUUAUUUUGAAAUAUGUUAUUGAUGAUUAUGGAUUAGAAUCUUUAACUAAAUUAUCAAGUAAAGAUGAUGAUUAUAGUAAAUUACUUGAACUAAUUGAUUAUUCAUUAUUCUCUGUUAAUGAUGAAAAUCAAACUAUUCCUAUGAUGCAAAGAAUAAUAACAUUAAACGAUCAUUAUUCUUGUAUUCCUCAAACUCCAUUAUUCUAUUUAUGCCAACAACGUAUCAAAAAUUUAGCAGAUAAAAUCAAACCUAAAUUAGCAGAUCAACAAAACCAAUUCAAUGAACAAAUAGAUGAUCUUCGUUUCAAUUAUUAUGAUCCACAAGUACCUACACCACCAACAAAAGUACACAAUAAUUUCUAUGGCGACAAAAAUGAAACAGAUAAUACACGAGAACAAUUUCGUAAUGAAUUAGUUCGAUUGAUUACGAACGAUACAAUCUUAAGCAAAAUUAUUUCAUCAUCAAUUCUUCAAUCAUAUACUAAUGAUUCAGUUAGAGUUCUUUGCACAAUUAUUGAAAAAAACUUUCAUGAUAAUCAAAACGAAUGUAAAAAAACAAUUGAUUUUGUUUCUCGUUGGUUAAUAUUAAUUGAUGAUGAUGAACAAGUUUCAUUAAAUUCUGCGUUUAAUCGUAAUACUUGGCUACUUGCUCAUGUUUAUACAUCACUUGAAUAUGAUCAAAAUGAUCUCCUAUCAUUAUAUUCUGCUUGUCGCAUCACAGAAAGUCUUGAUUUAAAUCAAUCAUUCUACGAAGAUUUUUUAGUAGAUGAAAAAAUUUCACGUUCAAAAGUUCGAGAAAAUUUAUUUCGAUUAAUGUUCCAUCAUUUAUGGACUAAUCUUUGUCAUUUAUGUCAAACAAAUGAAGAUACUAAAACAUGGAUUCAUAGUUAUGCAUUGAUAUCAAAAUAUUAUCCAUCAGAUAAAGUUUUACAACGAUUAGAAUUUGUUCAAAUGAAAUUUAAAAUUGAAUUUAUGAGUUUAGUUUAUUUAAUAUUACUCAAUGAAAAAACACCACAACCAGUUAAACUUAUUCAACGAUUAUUAAAUGAAACAUCACUUACACAAGAUGAUAUUGAUGGUCAUCAUAUGAAUUUCGACGGAUCAAGUUGUCUUCAACUCUUACCUACUAUUAUACAAACAAUAGAUCAAUAUUUUGAAGAGAAUAAUAGUAAUAAUGGUACAUUAAUGAUGGAUAUUCAACAAUGGAUUAUUGCAACAAUAAAAGUAUCGAAAAGAUCAUCACGUCAAGAAAUAAUCUCUCUAUUGAAAUUUUUAAAUCAAACCACAUGUCAUUUAUCAUUACCAAUGAAACAAUUUCUUUUUGAUGAAUUAAUUAAUAUUUUAAUUGAAAAUAGUCGACAAAAUCAUUCGAAUGUUCAUCAACAAUUUACUGAUGCCUGGGAUCGUAUUGCUCUGUUGUCAAUAAUAAUGGAAUGUAUAAAUAAUGAAAAUCUAGAAAAUUAUCAAAUACCUUAUCAUCCAUCUGUUAUUAGUAAUACAAAUCCAAAUCAUUUGUUAAUUGAUCUAUUUUUUUUUCAUCUUCGACGGCUAAUAAACGAUGAAAGAAUUCGACCAAGUUUUAUCCAUAAAAUUCUUGUACCUUUAUCAAAUAUUAAUAUUAUAGAUAGAAUUCCUAUUGCAGAAAACGUAUUCAAACAAUUGAAAGAAUAUUUUCUUUUAGAAACUACAGCUUUAUUAUUAUGUCAAUCUGAUUUAAAUAAUGAAGAUCAACAAAGAAUCGAUAGUAUUCUUACGACUGUUAUUAAUCAAUAUUUAAAAAUUGAAACACCUUCUGUUCAAUUAAGUAAACAUGUUGAACAUUUCUGUUCAGUUAUAAUUACCAAAAAAUCAUGGAAUUUUCUUGUUGAUCUACUUAAAUCAGAACGUAUUAACCGUUUAAAUACUCAAUGGGCUGAUACUUUGCAUAAACUAUUCGCAAUAAAAUACAAUACUCAACAUAAUAAACAUCUACAUUAUAGUCAUCAAUUACAAUUUACAUUAACCACUGAUCAGACUUCAUCGAUUUUUCCUACACUGCAUCAACCAUAUCAUGACCUAACUGAAGUAAUCGAUGAAUGUGUCAAAAAUACUAAUGAUGGCGAACAACGUUGGAUACCGUUAAUAAAUUGGAUACAAUCACAGUUAAAUUCAAAUCCACCUAUUGUCAAUGCUACUGAAAUAAAAGUAAUGCUAUUAUUAAAUAUUUAUUAUAAUUAUUAUUGUAAUGCUCAAUUAAAUUCUCUUAAUCAUUUAUUGAUCGUUAUUGAACGUACACUUCAACCAUGUGAUGAAGAACAACGAGUAUUUCGUGUUCUUUUACAACCUGAACAACAUAUGAUUGGAUAUCCAGGUGAAAAUAAUCCUAACGAUAAAAAUUAUCUUAAUGAUUUAUUCAAACUUGAUUAUCAAGAUGACGAACAGUUACCUAUUCGUCAUACACUUGUUAAUCUAUUAGCAAUGAUUUUACUCAGUGGAAAAGAAAAUACUCUCUGGACAUUUGCAUUUGAACCAUUGAAACUUGAAGGAACUUACGGUUUUGGAUCGACUGCUACUAGGCCUAUUCGGCGUAAUGGUAUUCAUUACGAUUGCGGCUGUGUUAUAUCUGAAAAAGGGGAAUUACAACAACUCUAUGGAGGAAACGAACUCAGUGUUCCAGCUGUUUAUAUUGCCUUUUUUGCUACAUUCGGUGCUAUGGCUUGGUAUUUAUUAUUAUUUGAAUCAUCUGUAGAAAAUCUUUAUGGUCCUAUUCUUGCUAAACAGGCGAUUGAUGCUACAGCAGUAACAGAACGCAUAUCUAAUGAUAAUUUUCAAUCCAAUCAAGAUGAUACUUGUGUUUUACUUAAUCAAUGUUUUGAAUUAUUUGCUCAAUAUAGUCGUCAACGAGAUCUAAAUCCAUGGAUUAAACCACUCUAUAAGACAAAUAUUGAGAAACUUGAAGCUGAAAAAGAAUUUCAAAAUAAAAUUUUCUAUCCUACGUAUAAAAACUUAGCCGAUUAUAAACAAAUAAUUAAUACUAUACAAUCACAAUCUGAACCACAGACUAAAUUACAAAAUUACAUAUCUCAAAUACCUAUUAUAAUUGAAGUUAUUCAUUUUAAGACUGAAUUAUGCAAUCCAGAAUCGAGUCAGUUACCUUUAACAAUUUUACGACGAUUACUUAACUCAUUUGAGUUUCUCAAAAUGACUCGAUAUGUUUACGCUUUAAGUCAAUUUCAUGUUCUCUUACAUCGAACUUUUACUCAAUUAAUCGAAUUAGAAGAAUUUUAUACGAUUACAUUAAAACAAUUAUAUGAACGAGUUUAUCAAUCUUCAAAUCGUUUGCGUCAACCCAAUCAACAGGAUAAAUAUUAUACGAUAAUUGAAAAGGGUAUCGAAGCUGUUAAUGCUUAUCAUACAUUUGCUAAUGGACAAAUUCGACCAGGUGCCUGUGAUCUUACUCAACGUUUUGAAACUAUUUCUAUAGAAACACCAGUAAGCUAUCUCGUUGAAACAGAUAAUUAUGAUGAAGGAGAUAUCAUUAUGCGUAUACUAAGUGUUCUUAUAAAUCAUCAUAAUAAUCUUCUCGAAUUACUCGAAACAGAGAUAAAUCAAAAUGGUGAUACUCUUGGUUUAGGUCCAUUGAAAGAUAUAAUUAGAGAAUUAUCCGAAAGAAAAAUAUCUAUUCUACAAAUAACUCAAGAAAAUAUGGGUGUAAUUACAUUGAAUAAAAUCGAUUGUCAAUGGAUUGAACAAUUAUCACGUGCUAGUCUUGAAAAUGAAAACGGUUAUUUUCUCAAACUUGAUAAACCAUUAAAAUUUAAUUUUCUCUAUGUUCAAUCUUAUCUUAUUCGAACAUAUCUUCUCUAUUGUCGUAUUAAUUAUCAACAUAUCAAAGGAAAAUAUCAAUGCUAUACUAAACGAAAAGUUCCGAUUACAACAAAUGAUGUUGAAGUCGACAAUAAUAUUGAUAAGGAUUUUAUUGCUCUUUUGGCUGAUGAAUGGAAUCAUUUAGAACAAAAAAAUCUUGAUCAACUUAAAAAUGAAUUGAAUUUUCUUCAACGUAUUAUGGACGUUUUAAAAAACUUUUCUGAGGAUUAUUCAUCAAUGAAACUUUCAGAAUUUAUUAAAUAUACUAACUAUGAUGGUCGAUUUUCUGAUCAAUUUGAACAAUAUAAAAUGAAAGAUUUUACUUUAUCACAAAUCAAAAGUGUCUAUCAAUUAUAUGAACGGUCGAUUAAUCUGAUUCAACAUGCAUAUAUCAAUGUAUCUCAUUUAAUUCGUGUUCCCCUAGAUAAGAAACUUAAUGAUGAACUUGAUUAUAUAUUAAAAUCAUGGUUUAUUCUUUCGAAUGAUCAACCUGAGAAAGAAAAACUUCAAGCCAAGAUACGAACAAUAACAGAAUUUUUAAAUGAUCUAAAGGAUGUAGAACAUCGUCUUGAUGGUCAAUGGGCUAAAUCAUUUGCAGAAACAUGUGAAAUUUUAAGUAUUGAAAAUUCAAUUGUAUCAUUAAUACCUAAAGAAAUUAAGUGUGAAAACUAUGUUCCAUUAUGUCUGAAAUUCAUACAAAUACGAUCUCAAUUACAAGAACAAGUGAUUGGUAUUGAAGAGAAAAUAAUUAAUAUCUGGAAUGCUCGCUUUGAUGUCCCCAAUACAGAUCAACGAAAAGAAAAUAGUUUUAAUGUAUUCAGAAAUAAGGACGAUGAUAUCCUCCGUUUCAAUGCAACUUCAAAUCCUACAACAGACUCACAACCAUCUGCUACUCCAGAACCAACAACUACUAAUACAGGCUUAAUCGAUUGGUUGAAAAUAAUUGAUAUUCCAAAUGUUCCUGAUGAGGCAUUGAGACCUUCAGCUGUCUCAUCACAAGUAGUCUAUGAGAGAACAAUCAAUUAUACAUCUCUAUUUAAGUUGAAAAUAACAUCAAUUUCAUUACCAUUAUCAGGUAUAUUUGAAAAAAGUCGAACUCAAGUAGAACAAGCAGUAUCGAAAACGUCCAACAUGCGUUUUACUAUUACAUUCACAGAUGGUAAACAAUUAAAAUAUCAUUGUAAACCAGACAGAUUGUAUAUACGAUUAAAAAGCAUUUUUGACGAGAGAAGAUAUGAUUUGAACGCGAUUGGUAUUAUCGAUCCCAAUCAAAUAUUGGUUGAUUUUAUGAAAACAACUGUAAACAAUUUCUUACCUAUUAUAGAAACAGAAUAUUAUAUUACGGAAAAAACAUUAUUAACUCCUAUUAUAUUAGAAUUUCAAAACAAUCAAUUCGAAUAUUUCGUCAAAGCAGAAGCUACAAUUACUUCGAUUUUGAGUCGUUUUAUUCUUGAUCAACAAUUGGAAUUCACACCACCGAACAAUUAUUUUAGUGUAUUUGAUUCGCUUGGACGCUAUGUUGCUGAAGAUUGUCAAUUUAAUACUAUUUAUCGAUUUGAUGAACAAAACCCCGUCCACCUUCAAAUUCUCCGAUGUAAUCAGGAUUCUAAUAUUUGCUGUGAAAUAACUCUCACAACAAGUCAAGAUGAAACAAGAAGUCAAUACUUUAAUCCAACUACAGCUUGGAAACACAUUAGUUUAUGGUCGAAAACUCUUGACAUCAAGACAAAAACUCCAGUUGAUAGUUACUUUUUUUGGAAUAUAGAACAGAAACAUAUUAUUGAUGAAAACGAAACAAUAUCAUAUACACUUGGUAAAGCUGAAUCUAUCAAUGUUGAUGUAGUCGAUGGCGAAAGUGUCAUUGACAUAAUUGUUUCCUAUGAUAAAAAUAGUCAAAGGAUUCAUAUUCUUAAUUCAUGCCCAGUUCACAGUAUUUUAAACAAUCCAAAACAUCUCGAACAACUAGGUCUAAAGAUAUCUCCUCAAGAUUGUACUUUGGUUUUUGUAUUAAACGAAUCAGAAAAACAGAUUCUCGAAAAAUUAGACAUGGAAAAUCCCAUUAGUUACUAUGCAUCAAUGACUAAAAAACCGAUUCAUUUUCAAAUAGCUAUUCUUAUUCAAAUUAUUCAGUAUGAUAAUGGAAAAGGCAUACUAAUACCUAUUUCUCAUCGAAAUAUAACAAUGAAAGAAUUAUUAGAAAUGAUUGAAGUCAAGAAUGAAUUUAAAUAUUUAGCAUCGUAUGAAAUUAAAAUGAUCUUGCCUGAGAAUACAAUAUUAUCUAUGAUAAAUGAAACGAAAUUUUUCCUUGUAAAAGAACAUCAAACAUGUCUCAUAUCUAUUCAACAAUCAGAAGAUGCACUCUUAGCAGUUAAUGAAGAAAAUAUGCGAAAUCAACGAUAUCUUAUCAAUGCUACUAUAAAUGAUAUUUAUAAACAAAAUGAAAAUAUUGAUCAAAAUCAAUAUCUCGUCUAUGCUCGUGAUUUUGUUCCAUCACGCAAAAUGCCAUUGAGUUUAUUUCUAUCUAAUAAAAAUUCGUUGAUUGUAUUUAAUUUAAUCUAUCAAAAAUUGCAAGCAAAUGUUACAGUAACUAGUGAUGAACAAAAAAGUCCGAUUGAAUUUCAAUGUGAACCAAAUAUGACUAUUGCUCGUCUUCAUCAAAUCAUUUGUCAAUUGUGGAAAUUAAACAAAAGACUCUAUAGUGUAGCUCUCUCUGAUAAUUCGAUUAUUGAUGAAGACAAUACAUUAAAUGAUAUCGAUGAAUCUAUUGAUGAUCUAAAAUUGAAAUUAAUUUCAAUUGCUGAUUUAAAAUGUGCUAUUACUUAUCGGGAUGGAACUUGUAAGAUUUCAGCCACAUAUGAAACACUUUUAUCAUCGAUUAUGAAAGAAGCUUUAGAAACACUCCUGAUAUCAUUAGAAGACAUAGAUAUGUAUGAACUGAAAGUAUUGGACGAUCCGGAUAAUCCAACUAGUGUCGAUCUUGAGUCAUCCAUCAAUGAUAUUCGCACAGAUUUUCAUAUUGAAUCGGAUACUCUACCGUUUCUAUUAGAAAAAAAAAAAGAAAACGAAAGUUAA